GGCGCCGCGCUUGCGGUCUGUGGGACUGGAAGACCCGCCAGAGCCGGAACCUACGGCCGCCGGGUUACCCUCGGGCGGUCAUUUUACCCCUCGCCCUUCUCGGUUGUUGUUUAGGAAGGAACGGGUGAUUGCUCUAGUAAUUUUUUCAUUGGUUAUUGGGUACCCAUAUACGUGUAUGUGAGCGUCCCCUGCCCUGACGUCUCCGAUGAGCACCGCACCUACUCAUCUGAUUGCCUUGUUUGACUCUUCUGUCCUAACCCAUUCCUCUGUCAGUCUUAACCAUUUCAGUGAAUGGCACCAUCCAUCUACUUAAUUCAAAAAUGUAGGAGAUAGUUAACUGAAAGGAAUCUGCCCCACUACUGCAACCAAACCAGAUGCCUUCUUUUACUUCACCCGACCAAGGAGAGGACCUGGAGGCCUGUGUUUUAAGAUUUUCAGACUUAGAUUUAAAAGACACAAGGCUUAUCAAUCCCAGUAGCAGUCUUAAAGCCGAGUUGGAUGUCAGUACGAAAAAGAAAUACUCAUUUGCCAAGAAAAAGACAUUUGCCCUUUUUGUCAAAACCAAAGAAGUUCCUGCACAUCCUUUUGAAUGUAAAGAAAAAUGGUGGAAAUGCUGUCAACAGCUGUUCAAAGACCGGAUCGGCAUCCAUAGACAUGUGGCAACACAACAUGCUGAUGAGAUCUGCCGCCAGACUGCUUCCGUGUUAAAGCAGCUAGCUGUGACACUGAACACCUCAAAGAGCCUUAAGCCUGCAGAUGAUAGGAACCCUCUAAAAGGGUACUUGACCUGUAACAGGGAAGUGUCCGCUUGGCUCCCUGAUGUAAGCUGCUUUAGCCCUGAUGAGCUGAUAAGGGGCCAGGGCAGUGAUGAAGGAGAGGUUCUACUUUAUUACUGCUACUGUGACCUGGGGGAUCCCCCCUGGGUCUGUGCCUGGCAGACGGCUCUGUGCCAGCACCUGCGCCUCACAGGCAAGGUUCGAAUUGCUACAGAAGGAAUCAAUGGGACAGUUGGUGGAAGCAAACUGGCCACCAGACUCUAUGUGGAAGCCAUGCUUUCCUGCCCAUUGUUUAAGGAUUAUAUGUGUAAGGAUGAUUUUAAGACCAGCAAAGGAGGGGCUUGCUGUUUUCCAGAAUUGCGUGUUGGUGUAUUUGAAGAAAUUGUGCCCAUGGGGAUCAGUCCCAAUAAGAUCUCCUACAAGAAGCCUGGAGUCCAUUUAUCUCCAGGUGAAUUUCAUAAAGAAGUAGAAAAGUUUUUGUCUCAGACAAAUGAAGAACAAAGUGAUACUAUCCUCCUGGACUGCAGAAACUUCUAUGAAAGCAAAAUAGGGCGAUUCCAGGGCUGUUUAGCCCCAGACAUCAGGAAAUUCAGUUACUUCCCUAGCUACAUUGACAAAAAUCUAGAACUUUUCAGAGAGAAGAAGGUGCUGAUGUAUUGCACUGGGGGUAUCCGUUGUGAGCGGGGUUCAGCCUACCUCAAAGCCAAGGGAGUAUGCAAGGAAGUGUUCCAGCUCAAGGGUGGCAUCCACAAGUACCUGGAGGAGUUUCCUGAUGGUUUCUACAAAGGGAAGUUGUUUGUUUUUGAUGAGCGUUAUGCCUUAUCCUACAACAGUGAUAUAGUGUCAGAAUGUUCAUAUUGUGGAGCCCCAUGGGACCAAUAUAAACUCUGCUCGACUCCCCAGUGCCGCCAGCUCAUCUUGACCUGCCCCGCUUGCCAGCGACAAGGAUUCACAGCCUGUUGUGUCACGUGUCAGGACAAAGGGAGCAGGCUGGCUUCAAGUCCCACCCAGAGCAGCUUUAAAGAGGAAUGUGAGUGUACAGCCCGACGGCCACGCAUACCCAGUGAGCUGCCACAGCAGGUGUGACUGACUCCCCACCAGCUCAGAGCCAAGGCCUGGCGCUGGUGAGGAUGGGCCGUGCUUACGCGAGUGGCACCAUCAGCAUUUCCCUAGGCCUUCACAGAGCUGGGUUCACAGUGACCACACGGUGGAGAACAUCAAAGCUGCGGCAACAGAGAAACAGGGAACGCCAGCAUCAUAAACUGGGUACCAUGUUGGCCACCUAAACCUCAGUGUGGGGAGGAAAGAGGGAGUUGGGUUCUGCCCACUUACCUGAAACAUUUGACUCAGAAGAUGACAGAGGGGCGCCUGGGUGGCUCAGUUGAGCGUCCAACUUCGGCUUAGGCCAUGAUCUUGCAGUUUUUGGGUUUGAGCCGUGUUGGGCUCUGUGCUGACAGCUCAGAGCCUGGAGCCUACUUUGGAUUCUGUGUCUCCCUCUCUCUGCCCCUCCCCAGCUCAUGCUCUGUCUCUCAAAAAUAAAUACAUAUUUAAAAAAAAAAGAAGAUGCCAGAGCACAGAAAAAAGAGCUGUUGUGGGAUCCUAAAGCUGCUGGGGGAGAGAGCCUUGAGCCUGGUGACCAGGUCAUGCCCUCUCUGUGCCAUGCAGCAGGCUGGUAGUCAUUGGGCUUGUCAGCAGACUUGUCCACCCUGGUGGCUGAAGCGUGAAAGCUAUAGCCCUGGAGGUGGACUCCUUGGAAGCAGGCCACUCAGGUCACCUACCAUCCACCACCUCUGACCUCAUCGCCUCUCUGGCAGCCUGAGAGGCUACGUCAGGAUCUGCAGACUAUGGCAUUUGACUUGCUUCCUGCUUUUUUGUAAAUAAAGUUUUAUUGCAAUAGCCACACCCAUUCA